CUGUGAUUUGUUAUUAUUUUCGUUAUGCCAGUAUCUGAUGUUAAUCAAACUGCCGUCAGCCUGACAAACUUAGAAAUCAAAGAUAUCACGAGUUUACAGUUAAACUUGCCACAGAGUGUAACCACAAUUACAAGAUCGACGAAGAGUUCCACAAUGUCUACAUCAACAAACGUCCUAGGAAAACAAGGAAAUCAAAAUGCCGCCGCACUUUCUGCUGAAGAAGCAAUCGUUAAUCUACUUGAACGUACAAAAUAUACUUAUGUACAAGAGAAUGGUCAACGACGUUAUGGACCUCCUCCUAACUGGAAAAAUGAAGCGCCUCCAAGAGGCUGCGAAGUAUUUAUCGGAAAAAUUCCUAGAGACUGUUUUGAAGAUGAACUUAUACCCGUAUUCGAGAAGAUUGGACCAAUUUACAUGUUUCGACUAAUGAUGGAAUUUAACGGAACGAAUAGAGGAUUUGGAUUCUGUGUGUACACAAACAGGGAAGAUACAAAACGUGCAGUUCAAGAACUGAAUAAUUAUGAAAUCCGUAAAGGCAAAACCAUUGGGGUAUGUCUGAGUGUGGAUAACUGCCGUCUUUUUGUCGGGGGUAUACCCAAGAAUAAAACAAGAGAAGAGAUUCUAUCAGAAAUGAAACGAGUAACAGAAGGUGUUAAGGAUGUUAUAUCAUAUCCAAGCAUAACUGAUAAAACAAAAAAUCGUGGAUUUGCAUUUAUUGAAUAUGGAAGUCAUAAAGCUGCUGCAAUGGCAAGAAGAAAGUUGCUUCCAGGACACAUUCAUUUAUGGGGUCAGCAAAUAGCUGUUGACUGGGCAGAACCAGAACGAGAAGUUAAUGAAGAUAUAAUGUCAAAAGUAAAAAUUCUAUACGUUCGUAAUUUAAUGUUAUCAACAACUGAAGAGAGUCUUCGUGAUUCAUUUAUCAGAGCUGCUGGUGGUGAUGCUAACAGUGUUGAAAGAGUGAAAAAGAUUAGCGAUUACGCCUUCAUUCAUUUCAGGGAACGUGAACAAGCUGCACAAUGUUUACUUGCUCUAAAUGAUACGUACAUUGAUGGCUCGAAGAUAGAAGUUACAUGGGCAAAACCUGUCGAUAAAAAUGAAGUAAACGCACGUCAACCACCUUCUCGAACCUCUGGAAAAUUAAUGAACGAAUUGGUUUUAACAAAAGACCAGAAUAUCGCCGCAGCAGCAGCAGCUGUUGUUGCAGCUGGAGGUAUUUUGCCUCAGUUGGAUUCGGCUACACAAUUCUUCCUACCAACUGCUGGACAAGGCACCCAAAUGGCUACUGACCUUUUGUCAAUAAAUCCUAACGCUAUCACCUCUGGACGAACAGAUAUCAAUCUUGGAAGUCCUAGCGGUAUGAAAAUGAACUGUACAAGAACUGGUCGAAGAAAUGCAGCCGGUAGUCGAAGCGCUGGAGCACAAAAGGAUCGUAAACAUCCAGUAGAAAAAUUACAGCAACGUCAGUUGAAUCCAUUGGUCUCUUUAGAGAUUCUAAAUGACUUAUGUCGUCGAGAUGGUUUUGGUUCUCCGAUAUACAAUGCAAUCCCAAUUGAUUUCAUUGAUCCAACGACAGGAAAUAAAGUGCAACUAUUUGUUGGACAGGUUUAUAUUCCUCAUCUACAAUUUCGUUGUCACACAACUCGUUUUUACGCAACUCCUGCUGAAGCGAAACUUGGUGCUUCUGAAGUAGCUAUUCAAAGCCUUCCGUUCAAUCUGUUGGGUUUAAAUGAAGCACUUGCAGCAAGUUAUGCUCUGCCUAUCAAUCCAAGUAUAAUACACUCAAAUACAGCAUUUGUGCCAAUGCAGUUAUCAAACAAUUUGCCUAAUACAUCCACUCCACUUAACCUGUUGCAAUCUCAAACAAAUAUUCUACAGUUAUCUGGUACUUCAAAUUUCCCAAUAAAUAACAGUGGACUGUCAACAGUGACUGGCAGUUUAACAAAUAAUCAUAAUAACAAUGUUCACCUACCAAGUGAAUGUUCUGCUGGAGCAUUAUUGACAAAUGGAUUUGACUACUCCUCACAACUUAUAGCAGCUAGCUCGCUAGGAAAUACCGGAAUUAUUAAUACAGCAUUCGGUAAUCAACCAGCCUAUUACUUUGAUCCGAAUUCCAUAACAGCUACCGCUGCUGCAGCUAUGCUGAUGGGAGCAAAUGGAUUAGGUUCUACUACAGCAGCAAUACCACAGAUUAUUGGAUUACAACAGUCUCUAACUAACUAUGGUGGUAGUGAAUUAGGACAAAACUGUUCUUCUUCUACUAUUGGACAGUCAUUGAACUCUGUACCACAACCAAAUGGCUUGUACACUCUAGGAUUACAGAUGACUGGUAUUUCAGCAUCCAUGCCAUUACAGUCACAAUCUACUGUAAAUUCAACUUCACAGACAACCUCUAUUAUGAAUUUAUUAAAUCAGUCGUAUGGAAAUCCAGUUUCAGUACUGAAUGGAAGUCUACCCACUACACAGACUAACAGUGGACAAAAUUCACAAACCUCACAAUCCAGUGCAGUCUAA